AUGGCGGAGAGAAGCUCGGUUGAUGUGAUUCUUGACUUUCUGAGAAAAAAUCGCUUCACGAGAGCAGAGGCAGCAUUGCGCAGUGAGCUUAGUAACCGCCCUGACUUGAAUGGAUUGCUUCAAAAACUUGCCCUUGAAGAUAAGAACUUGGGGAAAUUGGUGGAAGAAGAGAAUGGGGACAAUUAUACUCAGGGGUCAGGUUCUCAAAAUAGUGGUGAAAUUUCUAAGGAACUUAUUGUCAAAGAAAUAGAGUGUGGGGUGGAUAGAAAUGGGCCUGAAAGCAAAUGGAGAAACUCUGCUUCUGUUGGGGAACGGGGUAGUAAAAAUAAUGAAGCAGUUGAUUCAGAGUAUACUGUGCUUGAUUUGUAUUCAUGGAACUUUAAUCCGAGCAAUGUUCCUUCUGAUCCUUACAAGAAUGAUGUUGGUACUAGCACUGGUAACUUCUCUGCUGGAGCAAAUGCUAAAUCUGGAGAAGAGGUUAACUUUCCUGGUGAAAAGAAAAGUUCAUGGCUUGGAAGCAAUAGUACUAGUAAUGCCAAUGCAGAAUCCAAGUUUAACAAAAUUCAAAUGAAUGAAUCGAAGGAACUUGAUCGUCAACUUAAAACUACUGUUGCAUUCUCUGCAGAUAACCCAUGGUCUAAGAAUGAGGAGCCCGCAAGUUCUUCCUCAGACCUGUGGAAAGGUUGUUCAGUCAAGACUGUUUUACCAUUCCCCAAGGGUGAUGUAUCGACCAGCUAUGAUACUACAAAUUCAAACAAAAGAGAUGGAAAGAAAAAAGCAGAUACAAGUGAUGUUAGGGCAGCUAUCAAAGAACAGGUGGACGAGGUUGGAAGAACUUUGUUUUUUGGAAAGUCUCAAGGGAGCACAGAGCAGAAGAAUUUAAGUGGCUUAGGGUUUGCACUUGCAUCUGAUAUUCCAAAGGAAGAAUUUCCUAGGCUUCCACCAGUUAAACUCAAGUCAGAUGACAAGCCAUUGAUCAAUUGGCAGGAAAAGUUUGAGCGUGAUGGGCCAAGUUCAAAGGUCAUCAAUGCUGAUAAUAGCUACCUUAUAGGCUCCUAUCUUGAUGUUCCUGUCGGACAAGAAAUCAAUUCUUCAGGUGGAAAAAGGAUUGCAGGAGGCAGCUGGCUAUCUGUAAGUCAGGGAAUUUCUGAGGAUACAUCUGAUCUAGUUUCUGGUUUUGCUACUGUAGGUGAUGGAUUAAGUGAAUCCAUUGAUUAUCCAAAUGAAUAUUGGGAUUCAGAUGAAUAUGAUGAUGAUGAUGAUGUUGGAUAUAUGAGACAACCUAUCGAGGACGAGGCCUGGUUUCUGGCUCAUGAAAUUGAUUACCCAAGUGACAAUGAAAAGGGUACAGGUCAUGGGAGUGUUCCAGACCCACAGGAGAGAGUUCCAACCAAAGAUGAAGAUGACGAUCAAUCUUUUGCCGAGGAGGAUUCUUACUUCUCUGGUGAGCAGUUAUUUCAAGCAAAAUCUGUUGAACCAGUCACGGCAUCAGAUGAUCCUAUAGGGUUGUCAGUGACUGAAAUGUAUGGGAGGACCAAUGAGAGUGAUUUAAUAGCUCAAUAUGAUGGGCAGUUGAUGGAUGAAGAAGAACUAAAUUUGAUGCGAGCAGAACCUGUCUGGAAGGGGUUUGUCACGGAGACGAAUGAACUCAUCAUGAUAGGAGAUGGGAAGGUCUUGAAUGAGUGUGGAAGGCCACGGUUAGAUGAUAUUUGUAUGGAUGACGAUCAACAUGGUUCAGUUAGAUCGAUUGGUGUGGGUAUCAACAGUGAUGCUGCUGAUAUUGGAAGUGAAAUACGGGAAAGUUUAGUUGGAGGCAGUAGUGAAGGGGAUGUAGAGUUCUUUCAUGAUCACGAUAUUGGAGUUGGCAGAUCUAGAUCUUCUCAUCAUGACUCAGACAAGAAAUAUGUUGAUAAACAAAACAAGGAUAAGAAGAAACUCAAUAAAUAUGAUUCCAAUAAAUAUGUUGUUGAAAGUGACAAAGAUGUGCAUGCUCUAGGUAAAAAUCAUGCAGAUGGUGGAUUUUCAUUUCCCCCACCACUGAGGGAUGAACAGUUGCAGCAGGUAGGCUCCAGUAAAUCUUUAUGGUCAAACAACUGCAAUGCGGUUGCUAGGGAAGAAACUAAUGAUCGCUUGAAUGCUUUGAUUGGACCUGAUGACAUGCUUGGUACAUCGCGGCGGAAAAGCAGUGAUUCCUCAACUGUUAAAAGUUCUAAGGAUGAAAAUAAUACAAAUGCUGUGAGAUCAGCAAAUUCUAGUCCCUCUUCUCUCUCAAAUUAUGGUUAUGUAGAACCAGAGCAUGCCAUGAAAGAACAAGAUGAGAAGAUCAAUAGUGUGAGGGAAGAAGAUCCUGGGGCAUCCCUUGAGGAUGAAGAAGCUGCUGCUGUUCAAGAGCAAGUAAGGCAAAUCAAGGCUCAGGAGGAGGAAUUUGAAACUUUCAACCUUAAGAUUGUGCAUAGGAAAAACAGAACUGGCUUUGAGGAGGACAAGAACUUCCAUGUCGUUUUGAAUUCUGUGAUUGCUGGGCGCUAUCAUGUUACUGAGUAUCUUGGAUCGGCUGCUUUUAGUAAAGCUAUACAAGCACAUGAUCUGCACACAGGCAUGGAUGUUUGUGUGAAAAUUAUAAAAAACAACAAGGACUUCUUUGAUCAAAGUCUUGAUGAGAUAAAGCUUUUAAAGCAUGUCAACAAGCAUGAUCCUGGGGACAAGUACCACCUUCUCAGAUUGUAUGAUUACUUCUACUACCGAGAGCAUUUGUUAAUCGUAUGUGAGCUUCUUAAGGCAAACUUAUAUGAGUUCCAUAAGUUCAAUAGAGAAUCAGGAGGGGAGGUUUACUUCACGAUGCCAAGAUUGCAGUCAAUUACCACUCAGUGUUUAGAGGCGCUUCAGUUUUUGCAUGGCCUUGGUCUUAUACACUGUGAUUUAAAGCCUGAGAAUAUAUUGGUGAAAAGCUAUAGUAGAUGUGAGGUGAAAGUCAUUGAUCUUGGGAGUAGCUGUUUUGAGACAGAUCAUCUGUGCUCCUAUGUUCAAUCCAGGUCGUAUCGUGCACCAGAAGUUAUCCUAGGACUUCCCUAUGAUAAGAAGAUAGAUGUUUGGUCACUUGGCUGCAUUUUGGCAGAACUUUGCACUGGCAAUAAGAUAGGAAAGAAGAAUGGAAUCGGUGCUGAUAUGCAGGUCCUGUUCCAAAACGAUUCACCGGCAACGUUAUUGGCACGAGUUAUUGGAAUUAUAGGUCCCAUUAAUCAAAGCAUGCUAGCUAAAGGACGAGAUACAUACAAGUAUUUCACCAAGAAUCACAUGCUUUAUGAGCGGAAUCAGUCAUUUCUUGUAGAGGAUUCCAAACAAUUUUCAUAUGACCAUGGGUGUUUUGAUAUGGAACUUCUUUUGCAAAACUGCAAAGAUACUAGCAGACUGGAAUACCUGAUACCAAAAAAGACAUCCUUGAGGCACCGAUUGCCAAUGGGGGACCAAGGCUUCAUUGACUUUGUUUCUCAUUUGCUUGAAGUAAACCCAAAGAAACGCCCUUCCGCAUUAGAGGCUCUGAAGCACCCUUGGCUAUCAUACCCUUAUGAACCCAUAUCAGCUUGA